AUGGCUAACGAUGCUUUGAAGGAUUCGUUCAAGGCGUAUAACCCUAAUCCUGAGGAACUCACUGAUCAAUUUAAUGAACAAGUUGACGAGGUAUUAAUACAUGGUAAUGUCACGAGGAGACACCUAAAAGAAGGUGACUGCAAGGCAACGAAUCCCAUCGAUAGAUGCUGGAGGUGCAACCCUAACUGGGCUAGAAACAGAAAAAGGCUAGCAGAUUGCGCCAAGGGUUUCGGCCGCCACACGACUGGUGGGAGAGACGGGCUUUAUUAUGUCGUUAACCAUCCUUCGGACGACGAUAUGCAAAACCCUAAACCUGGUACCCUUCGCCAUGCAGUGAUUCAAAAUAUGCCAUUAUGGAUAAUCUUUAAACACAGUAUGUUUAUCAGACUCCAACAAGAACUCAUUUUCACUAGUGACAAGACCAUUGAUGGUAGAGGAGUAGAAGUCCAUAUUGCUCAUGGGGCUGGAAUUACUCUCCAAUUUGUGAAGAAUAUUAUAAUCCACAAUAUUAAAAUUCAUCAUAUUGUGCCUGCACCUGGUGGCCUGAUCAGGGAUUCUGUUGAUCAUUUUGGGCUUCGGACAAGAAGUGAUGGAGAUGGGAUUUCCGUAUUUGGAGCAAGCAAUAUUUGGAUCGACCAUGUUUCCUUGUCAAAGUGUACUGAUGGCCUCAUUGAUGCUAUCAUGGGUUCAACAGCUAUUACUAUCUCCAAUUGCAAAUUCAAUAAUCAUAAUGAUGUAAUGCUGUUAGGCGCAGAUGAUGAACACGGUAGAGAUGUCAUCAUGCAGACUACAAUUGCAUUUAAUCGUUUUGGAAAGGGUUUGGUUCAAAGGAUGCCGAGGUGUCGAUGGGGGUUCUUCCAUAUCGUCAAUAAUGACUAUUCUCAGUGGCAAAUGUACGCGAUUGGCGGCAGCGCCCAUCCCACCAUUAUCAGCCAAGGCAACCGAUUCAAGGCCUCAAAUCAUCCUUUUACUAAGCAGGUGACCAAGAGGCAAGAAGCUGGGGAGAGUGAGUGGAUGAAAUGGCAAUGGAGAUCGGAGGGAGACAAGUUUCAAAAUGGAGCCUACUUUGUCGAGUCAGGGCCACCAAUUAAGCACACGAUAACAUAUCCAUUGAAUUUGAAACAUAAGAAUAUGAUGAAAUUCAGACCGGGUUCAUAUGCUGGCAGACUAACACGAUACGCCGGUGCAAUCAAGUGCAGGGUUGGCGAACUCUGCUAA